UAAUUGUUUUGGGGCCGAAGACCACAGCGUAUUUGUCAUUACCGCGCUUCCCCUAUCAGCCACCAAGGCGAUUCCUUUGACAUUAGGGUUUUGAGGUGAACGAAAAGUGCAAGUCGGGAUCUUGAUCAGGAUAAUCCUGCCCGUAGAAGAGAGUGGGAUAGGAGGAAGAUAUGGAUCCGCAACUGGUCGAAGUAACACAGAUCUUUGCCCGACUCAAAGCUGCUUUGUUGAGGAACGAUUUUGGAACUUGCAACAAUCUCCUCUCCCAGCUUAAGGUUCUCUUGACAAAAUAUCCGAGCCUACCGCCAACAUUUCAGCAGACACCUACUGCUGUUGAAGAACUCCAGAUAGCAAGGGAUAUAUAUGAACAUGCUGUUCUUUUGAGUGUCAAGACUGAAGACCAGGAUGCCUUUGAGAGGGAUUUCUUUCAAUUAAAACCUUUUUAUACUGACACAUGUGGUCUCAUUCCACCAUCACCCCAGGAAUGCCCUAUCUUGGGUCUUAAUCUUCUGAGGCUCCUCGUCCAGAAUAGAAUAGCUGAAUUCCACACAGAGUUGGAACUUCUGCCACCAAAUGCCCUGGAGAAUCCUUGCAUCAAGCAUGCUGUUGAGCUAGAACAGUCUUUCAUGGAAGGUGCUUACAAUCGUGUGUUAAGCGCCAGGAAAACUGUUCCUCAUGAAACUUACGUUCAUUUCAUGGACCUUCUUGCAAAAACUGUCAGAGACGAGAUUGCUGGUUGCAGUGAGAAAGCUUAUGACUCCCUAUCAGUUGCUGAUGCGAAGAAAAUUCUGAUGUUUUCUUCUGAUCAGGAGCUUUCUACUUAUAUCGAAGAGGAUCAUCCCGAAUGGGAAAUCAAGAAUGGCUUUGUGUUCUUUCAGAAAGCUAAAGAGUCGCAACCGUGCAAGGAGAUACCUUCUUUGCAACUGAUCAACCAGACAUUAAGCUAUGCAAGAGAGCUGGAGCGGAUUGUUUGAGGCUUUCACCACAACAUAAUUUAGUUUUCACUGACGCUUCGGAAUGCCAGAUAGCUGAAAUCUAUAAUCUGGAUUAUUUUCUUCUUCGCAAGUUCUCUUUAAUUCCUUUUAUUUAUCCAAAUGAUGAUCAGAAUCUGAUUUUGCAACUUAGAAAAGCUUUAUUUUUUUCAUGCAACUAUGGUAAAUUCACAUUAAUGUGAUGAUUCUAUGUUACAGAAUGUUGUGCUCAAGUGACUAAGAGUUUUAAUAUUUCUUAAUUACGGGAUUUAGCUACUUUAA